AUGAAAGGACAGCGGUUGCCCAGCAUUAUAUACGUAAGAGGCCUUCCAAAUUUUAAGGCUCCCUCUGUAUUCAAUCCAUGGGAUCCGCAUUUGCGCGAGGCCCGUAAGCAAGCUCGACCGAAGGAGUUUAUCCGGACAGUCCUCAGCAGUGUCGAUACCCGGUCUAUCAAAAAUAGAGGAGAGAAAGUGAAUACUCACAUAAGCCUUUUAAUCAAACCAGUGGUUGUUCUGUGUGAAGAUGAUGCUCGCAUUCACUUCUCAAACUCGGAGGUGUCAAUUUUGCUGCAGAUGUUCUACCGUAUGGUGCGCUGCGAACACCGAGACUUAACCGGAUAUGAAUUUCAGGACUUCUUACAUACGACGCUAGGCAUAUGCAAACCCGAAACACUUGAUGGUCUCCACCGGGCAGCCACCCAUUUGGCUCAGAGAACUCGACGUUUGGGUUGGAAUCGAACUGUGAGUGACUUCGAGUUUGUUCUCUUCCUCUCUUACCUCCUACGCGGUUCAUUAACCGAACGCGCCGAACUGGUCUUUUAUGCACUGGACCACGAUGGAGAUGGAGUACUACGAAGGAGUGUGGAAAUAACAAACUUCCUCAAGGAUAGUUUUGACCUUUCCGUAACGGUUGCGAACCCAGAGUUGGAGGGUAAGGUACCCAUUCGUGAAACUGUUGACUAUAUCAGCAAAAUAAUUCUCGAGGGGAGACCGGAGGGUAUCCAGCUGUAUGAUUUCAUUGACUUAGUGGAGAAGCAACCCUGGAUCCUCGAGUCAGUACUUCCUAUCCUGCCGGACGAACUGCAAAAUGUAUCUUUUCAGAAGCUCCAUGGACCCAGCUUUAAGUUGCCCCUCAUCGACACUCCGGCCCCAAAUCCUCGUUCGAAAGCAGGCAGGAGAAUGGACGUUUCGUGGUAUAAAUAA